AUGGUCGAGACAAAAUCGACUCAUGUCGUAGUCAAAGAUGGAUCGUCUGACACCGACGAUCUCGUGGAGCCAUCUCACCAAGAGGAACAAAAAUCUCUUUACAAAACUCUUUUCCAGCGCCGAGAAGCUUUUGAUUUGGACAGCAUUGCGACUGUUAGAAGUGUCUUUGACGACCCGUUACUUGCAAGGUUCUACCAACCGCAUCCCGACUACGAAAAUCUUGCCCACUUCGACCCAAAUGAGAGAUGGACUUAUCGAGAAGAAAGAACCGUCAGGCGUAAAACUGAUUGGAAAAUUCUACUCUGGAUCUUAGUCAUGUUUUUCGGCUUGAACAUCGAUCGCGGCAAUCUGGGAAAUGCCGCAGCGGACAACCUACUCGACGACUUGCAUAUUACGACCAAUGAUUACAAUAAUGCACAGAAUAUGUAUCGCAUUGGGUUUCUUAUUGCCGAAAUUCCCUCCCAGAUGAUCGGCAAAAGACUUGGCCCCGACCGAUGGAUACCCUUUCAGAUAAUUGCCUGGAGUAUAGCCUCAGGCGGCCAGUUCUUCAUGCAAAACCGAGCUGGCUUUUUCGCAUGUCGAUUCCUCCUCGGACUUUUCAUGGGCGGCUUUAUUCCAGAUACUAUCUUAUAUUUGUCUUACUUCUACACCAAGUCAGAAAUGCCAUUUCGCCUGGCAUUGUUCUGGUUUGUGGAUUCUAUCUCUGGUGUGAUUGCAUCCUUUAUUGCUUAUGGUGUCUUGCACUUGAGGGGUGUUGAUGGCCGUGAAGGAUGGAGAUGGCUUUUCCUGAUCGAAGCCCUAAUUAGCCUUCUUUCUCUUUCUCGUCCCUGGACCUACACAAACAAAGACUUGGUGGAAUCCUGGGGUUACUUCACAGAACGCGAGGAGAAGAUCAUUGUCAAUCGAGUUCUCAGAGACGAUCCAUCAAAGGGAGACAUGCACAAUCGCCAAGCGCUUUCCCUCGGUAUGCUCUGGCAGAGUUUGAAAGAUUACGAUCUUUGGCCGAUUUAUAUCAUUGGAAUUCUUUUCGAAAUUCCCACAGGACCGCCGAAAACCUAUCUCACUCUUUCGCUCAAGGCGAUCGGAUUUGGCACAUUCCAGACAACAUUGCUGUCAAUUCCAGUGACUGUCUUCGCAGCCAUCAAUCUCCUCUGGGUUACAGAAUUAACAGAAAGAUUCAGGAAGAUUUCCGUGAUUGGUCUGUUGACUCAGCUAUGGUCUCUACCCCUUCUCAUCAUUCUGUAUACAUCGGCUGGAGAUUUGUCACGCUGGGGUCUUUACGCGGUAACAUUUGUUCUGCUUGGUUGGCCAUCACCCCAUGCCGCUCAUGUUGGAUGGUGCUCUCGUUUGAGUAACGCUGUUCGAACGCGAACAGUCAGUGCUGCGCUAUAUAAUAUCACCAUCCAACUUUCCGGUAUCGCCUCAUCCAAUAUUUAUCGCGAGGAUGACAAGCCUCUUUAUCGCCGCGGAAAUAGCCAACUGAUUGCUAUCAAUGUUGCCACUAUCGUCGCCUACGCGCUCGCCAACACAUACUACUCUCGUCGAAACCAGUGGAAAAAGGGCCAAUGGGAAAAGAUGAACUCGGAGGAGAAGGCUAUCUAUCUGGAAACAACAACUGAUCAAGGCAAUAAGCGACUGGACUUUGUUUUUGAUCACUAG